CAUAUCUCAGAUCCCCCAAAUCGCAGAAAUUCCAAAAGUGAUCCUCUGUUUUUGCCAAUUUUCACUGAUUUUUUGGUUCCUUAAUGGGAAGAUUUGUGGGUUCCUUCUAAUAAUUCACGAUUACAUAUGGAAUAACCCAAAUUUUUUGGGUUAUCAAAAACUGUGGCAUCAAUUGAAGUUUCUGUAUCCCAGGUACUUUACACAGUGGCUUAAUAUGGGACUUCACGGAGAACCUAGCCUACAGGUAACUUGUGAAAGUGUACCUAUGACAUAGGUAUUUGACACAUUGCUUGGGAUUAUCUUCUUCGAUGUUUGGCAUAUACAUGUGACCUAGGUACUGUGUCGGCGAUUACCUAUACGACAGGAGCUUACCUAUACAAUAGGUUGUAAACCCAGAACAAGAGGCAUAAUAAUAAUGAUGAGAGCGAUGUGAAGUAUGAUCCUUUGUACGAUAGUUUGAAGCGUGGUGAUUGGAAUGCUGCAAAGGAGUUUAUUGAUCGACACCCCGGUGCACUAACAUAUAGAGGUUCAUCAAGCGGUGGAACAGCUCUUCACGAGGCAAUCGAGAGGAAGCAGUUACACAUUGUGGAAGAGUUGUUGAAGCUGAUGACAGAAAAGGACUUGGAAAUUGAUGAUGACCUUGGUUUCACAGCUUUUUUCUAUGCUUUGCUAAAAGGAAUGGCCGCAAUAGUUGCCAAAAUGGUUAAAAAGAACAAGAAUUUAGUUACCAAGCGUUUUACCAACUCAAAAGAUAGGACUCCAGUUUUAGUCGCUUGUGGUUGGGGCCACUGGGAAAUAGCUCGCUUUCUCUAUUCUCGCACUCCAAUCCAUGUUUUGACUCAAGAUAAGAACGGCCGCGACGGUGCUCAACUUAUUUCCUAUUGCUUUGUCCACAGAAAUAAAUUGGAUAUUGGAUGGGAUUUGCUUCAGAAGUACCCAAAAUUGGCCCUUACUGAAAAUUACUCGCUGGGGCACUCCCCUCUAAAUACACUGGCUGGUUUGCAUUCUGCAUUUCCAAGUGAAGUUCGCCUAAGUUGUUGGCAGCGCUUGAUCUAUAACAAUAUACACGUACAACAACCUCAACCUGUUCCUAUCAACUCUGAUGUUUGCGUAAAUUUUGAAGAACUAGAAGAUGACAAAAGAAAUCGAAGGGAUCUCAUUUCCUCAGUUAUCGGUCCAAGGAGUUGUUAAGAAUCUUCUCAAACUGUUAGGAAUCCAUGACUUGCAUGAAAUCAGACUGGGCCAUGACCGAAAUCUUCAAAUUCUACGGCUCGUGUGUGACGUGGUAAAACGUACAAAUCUUUACCGGAAGCAAACUGACUUCAUGGAAACGGCAAUCUUCCGAGCUGUAGAACGAGGAAAAGUGGAGUUUAUUAGGGAGACGUGUAAGGCGAAUCCAAGAAUCCCACUAAUGACGAUGGAUGAAAGAGGCAGAUCAAUAUUUCAUUAUGCCGUUGAAUGUCGUCAAGAAAAAGUUUUUAAUCUUAUAUAUGGGAUUAAUGAAUAUGAUAGGAAUGCUAUCUUAAAGCAUGCAUAUAGGUUUAACAAUACUAUCCUACAUGCAGCAGGGAGUUUAUCUGCACAUCUUAAUCAUAUUCAAGGUGCAGCUUUGCAAAUGCAAAGAGAGCUACAAUGGUUCAAGGAGGUGGAGCGUAUUUUAUCCCCCCGGGACUUUGAAGUUAUAAAUUCUACUGAGAAAAUGACAGCAUAAGAAAUAUUCAUCAAGAACCACAAAGCAUUGAUGAAGGAAGGAGAAGAGUCGAUGAAAGGGACAGCAACUUCUUGCACAGUCGUAGGUGCUCUCAUUGUUACCAUUAUGUUUGCUGCUGCAUUUACAGUUCCUGGUGGAAGCAAUCAAGAUACAGGUUUUCCCACCUUCUUAAGAAAGAAGAUCUUUAGGGUUUUUCUAAUUUCAGAUUCUAUAUCACUCUUUUUUUCGACGACAUCAGUGAUGAUAUUCUUGGGAAUUCUCACAUCACGUUAUGCAGAAGAUGAUUUCCUCAAGUCUUUGCCCACAAAAAUGCUAUUAGGCCUUUUCACCCUCUUUUUAUCUAUCGCCGCCAUGAUGGUUGCUUUUUCUUCAACUCUUUUUAUUAUGCUGGAGGGAGAAUCAUGGGUAUCUAUUCCAAUCCUUUUGCUUGCCGGCGUUCCAAUCACCUCGUUUGUGUGGAUGCAAUUCCCACUCUUUCUUGACAUUUUAAUGUUUACCUAUGGAAGAGGAAUAUUUUGCAGAGCCUGGGAAUAAAAUCCUGAUUAUGCUGUGUGAU